GAGCAACAUGAUGGAGAAGAUUAGUGUGUGGACUGUCAACAAAUAAAGAAAGCGCAGGACAGCGUGCAACGUUCGGAGCAUCUAAUCAUUUUGUUCUUCACGAGGAAAAGCUUAUAGCCAUCAAGGAACCUCUUUUGGCUUUGCUUUUCCUUCAAUCUUCGUGGGUUUUGCAGCAAUCAGAGCUGAAAUGCUUUAGGAAGAGAAAAGUAAGAAAAUUCAAAGCUAGUUUUCGCAGCUGCUUCCAAUGCCUUUUCAAUCGCUUUCUUUGUGAAUGCACCAGCAGCCAUGGCUGACGAUCUUUCUUCCUUCGCUAAGGACAUUUUUCUCUUAAAGACUUUCAAGAAGUCAACAAUUGCAUGGAGGAUGGUCGUAUUGGUCUUGGCAAUGAUCUGUGGGGUGUAUAUAUGUUCAAUUUGUCUAAAGCAGGCUGGUGUUCAAACCGAGGCUGGAAUUUUACAUAUCCAAACGGAAAGGGCAUGCCCGGAACCUAUCAUUGAACCUUGGGAAAUCCCUUACGUGCACUACCCAAAACCCAAAACUUAUAGCAGGGCUGAAUGUGCUUGCAAUCCUGUCCGGAACUUUGCCAUUUUGUCAAUGCAGAGAUCUGGGAGUGGAUGGUUUGAGACUUUUCUUAACAGCCAUGUUAAUAUAAGCUCAAAUGGAGAGAUUUUCUCUGUUAAAGUGAGAAGAAGUAAUAUCUCAACAAUUGUGGAAACUCUGGACAAAGUUUAUAAUCUAGAUUGGUUCAGCAGUGCUUCCAAAAACGAGUGCACAGCUGCAGUUGGCUUGAAGUGGAUGCUUAAUCAGGGAUUGAUGCAGCAUCAUGAACAGAUAGUGCAUUACUUCAGAACACACGGUGUUUCAGUCAUAUUUCUUUUCCGAAGGAAUCUUCUACGUCGAAUGGUUUCUGUACUUGCAAAUCAAUAUGAUAGGGAUGCUAAGUUGUUAAAUGGGACUCACAAGUCUCACGUUCAUUCGCCCCAUGAGGCAGAGAUACUUGCGCAAUACAAGCCCACAAUCAAUACGACAUUGCUGAUAUCCAAUCUGAACCAAGUGAAUGGAACCGCCACUAAGGCUUUGGAAUAUUUCAAGAGCACCAGGCACAUUAUCAUGUACUAUGAAGAUGUUGUCAAAAACAACACUAAAUUAACGGAUGUUCAAGAUUUUCUCAAAGUCCCUCGAAGAGAUUUGACGAGCCGUCAGGUGAAGAUACAUAAAGGACCAAUAUCAGGUCAAGUUGAAAAUUGGAACGAUGUGAGGAAUACACUCACUGGGACACCAUACGAGACCUUCCUUCAUGCAGAUUAUAGCAAGUAAGCUUCCUCCAUCCAAGAAUACAGCAAGGUGCUAGGAAUGUACAUAGCUCAUCUGGUUCUGUUUGCCUAAUUGCCUUCAUCUCUGAAACUUUAGUCACAAGUUGCUCCAGGAGCCAACAGGAUGGAUAAUCGCCCUGUUCGAAAUUUUGGCCAAGGCUCUUUCAAUUUUUUGUUGUUGCCAGUUUCAAUCCCAUUCCGCUCCCCUAAUCCAAUUUGAUUCAUUCUUUAUAGCCCCUCUCUGUCUAUCUUUUAGUUUUGAUAGUUGACACUAGCAGUUGAGCUGUCAAGAUAAGUUGUUAUUUAAAUUUGCAGAAUUUCUGUAAAGUCAGUUUUUUCCUUAAUGAGUACAUAGAUGUUGAAGAAACAACUCUAAGUGAAUAUACAAAUAGGA